ACCCGGAAGGAAGCGGAGUAGAGCCCACCAAGCCCUAAGGUCACGGUAGUUUCCACGCUCUUUCGCCUGAUAAACCUCUCAAAGCCGGGUAUUGGAUUGCCAUCCGGCAGUGAUACAGUCGCUCAAACCGGGUCCUCAAAAAUAACGGAGGGGUCCUUCAUUGCGCUGGGUGCGGUAUGAUGACGUCGAAAGCCACCCGUGCCUUACAGAUUUAUUUUUUGCGCAAGCGUGUUAGGCCCUCAUGGCGCGCAGGCGCUUUGGCUCCCUCAUUGUUUUAAAAGUCUUGGUGCAGUCUCAGCUCGGGAACCGGCGCAUGUAGGCUUUUGCGCAGGCGCUGCGAAGGGCUGUGCUUCCCCCCUACCCCGCAAAUCACGCUUCCAAGACACCCCACCCUCUAAAAGGGGUGACGUCAGGUUAGAGCCCCCGGAACGUGUCUGGUGUCCCAGCCUCUUUGAGCUCGGUCCGCGGGGCCCCAGGGGAGGGGUUUCUCAGCGGCUGACUGGCCACCACCAACUGCGAUCUCCGCUAUGCCUCCGCCGCGGGGUGAUGUGACCGCCCUGUUCCUGGGUCCUCCAGGCUCGGGGAAAUCUGCGCUGAUUGCAGCGCUGUGUGACAAGGAUUUGGAGACUGUAGAGAUACCCGAGAGACGGACGGAUUCCGGGAUCCCCAGUCUACGAGCUGCGGGCCCAGGCCUCUUCUUGGGCGAGCUGAGCUGCCCGCCCGCAGAGCCGGGGCCCUGGGCGGCGGAGGCCAACCUGCUGGUAGUGGUGCUGCCGGGACCCGAGGGAAACGCGGAGCCCUUGGCCCCAGCGCUGGGAGAGGCAGCGCGGGCAGCUCUGGCCCGAGGGACCCCGCUGCUGGCUGUGCGGAAUCUACGUCCUGGGGAUUCACAGAAUGAAGAGCAGGCUCGAGAUCAGACAGAGGCCCUGCUGAACAGCGCGGGAUUGGGGGCCACAUCUCUCUUCGUGCUGCAGGCUGACUGCAGUAACAGCGACAGUUGCGAGGAGCUGGAGCGCCUGCGGGUGGCGUUGCGGAGCCAGGCGGAGUCGCUGCAGAGGCUUUUGCCACCGGCUCAGGAUGGCUUCGAGGUACUGGGUGCAGCAGAGCUUGAGGCUGUACGGGAGGCCUUCGAGACUGGUGGCCUGGAAGCCGCGCUGUCGUGGGUUCGCGCUGGCCUGGAGCGACUGGGCAGCGCGAGGCUGGACCUGGCCGUAGCGGGCACAGCUGACGUGGGCCUUGUGAUGGACACGCUACUCGGGUUGGACGCAGGUGCUGAGCCUGCUUCAGCCCCCGCGGGGCCCACGCCCUAUCCCGCCCCAGAGCGUCCCAAUGUGGUGCUCUGGGCUGUACCUCUGGGCUGCGUGGGUACUGCUGCUACCUCCCACCCUACCCACUACGACGCCCUCAUCCUCGUCACCCCUGGGGCCCCCACUGAGAAGGACUGGGCCCAGGUCCGACCCUUAGUACAACCAGAUGCGCCGCUGGUCUGCGUGCGAACAGACGGCGAGGGCAAGGAUCCAGAGCCUCUGGAAGAGGAGGAAAAGGCGGAGAAGCCUAGCGGCGAGUGCUUAAAGAACGCAGGCGGAGGGGGGCUGGAGAAUGCGCGCAGGGAGGGAAGCGAGAAAUGUGGCCCUGGAGCACAGAAAGCAGGCAGCGGGAGUUUGCGGCAGGUUGGCGUUGGCGUGAAGAAACCGGGCAGCGGGGACUCCGAGAGUGCGGUAGCGCUGAGCCCGGAGGAUGAGUCGUGGGAGGUGCUGGAGGAGGCGCCGCCUCCAGUGUUCCCGCUGCGGCCGGGCGGACUCCCCGGGCUCUGCGAGUGGCUGCGGCGAGCGCUCCCCGCGGCCCAGGCUGGUGCGCUGCUGCUGGCGUUGCCUCCCUCGUCGCCCUACGCGGCCCGAACCAAGGCUGCGGCGCUGCGGGCCGGGGCGUGGCGGCCGGCUCUGCUGGCUAGCCUGGCUGCGGCGGCAGCCCCCGUACCGGGGCUGGGCUGGGCAUGCGACGUGGCGCUUCUGCGGGGGCAGCUGGCGGAGUGGCGGCGGGCGCUGGGGCUCGAACCCGCGGCGCUGGCUCGACGCGAGCGCGCGCUGGGCCUGGCUCCUGGGGAGCUGUCGGGGCGGACGCGCUUCCCCGGCCCGGUGACGCGCGCCGAAGUGGAGGCCAGGCUGGGCUCGUGGGCGGGCGAGGGCACGGCCGGCGGUGCGGCGCUGGGCGCGCUCUCCUUCCUGUGGCCGGCGGGCGGCGCGGCGGCCACCGGCGGCUUGGGCUACCGCGCGGCGCACGGCGUCCUUCUGCAGGCGCUGGAGGAGAUGUGUGCCGACGCUGAGGCGGUGCUGGCGCCCCACCUGCCCGCGCAGUGAAGGGGGUGGGAGGAGGGGACGGGGCUUCCGGGGUGCCCAGCGUCCCGGCUGCUUGGCUCUGCCAGGGGCUUAGGACUCCAAGUCCCGGUUGGUGGGGGGUGGGAGGGGUGGGGGGCCCAGACUGAGGCCUGGGACGUCUGGGCCUCUGAGGUAACAGCGGGGGCCCGAAGGGGAUGAGAGCUCUGACUACUGUUGGGAUGUGUGACUUCCUGAAGGGGAAUCGAGUCUGGGGGACAGGACUCCUGACUUCUCUGGGGACCACAGGGCAUGAUUCCCAGAUUUGUGUCUGAGAGUUGAGGGACUAGACCCCUAGAAGGGGGCAUGUAUUGGUCUCCAAGGGAGUGGAAACUGGGUCUAUUCACGUCUGCCUCUCCAGCGGUAGAGGGAGUGAUAGCCCUGAUUUCCUGAUGAGGGGGUUUCCAUCACAUGGUGGGUGGGUGGGGGUCCAAUAUGGAGGAGGUGGUUUGAGCAUCCCCAGGGAGCUGGACUCCUUGGGCUUCUGAACCACCAAGGGGUAUGGGGUCUAGGUUACCUGGGGGGUUAGGCCUGCACACAGCCUCCCAGUACCUUGAGAGGCAGUAAGCUUUGAAUCUUCAUGCAGGGGAGAGGGGUCUCUGAGGUCUCACAGUGGUGGCUCGCAAGAAGCAGUGCACAUUGGUUCCUAAUUCCUGGGUGGUGGGUGCUAUCCAUCUAGAGGGGAAACAGGCUAUGUAAAAAAGCUGGAGACCCUUUGUCCCCUUGAGUAGAGGGGUGUCUAAUAUUUGCUCCUCCAGUGGCCUGGUGACCCAAUCUCUUCCAGCUCUUGUGGGGAGGAUGGUCCCACAAAAACGAGGGAAGGAGGUCAGAGAUCUAGGCUUGGUGGCUCUGGGAUGGCCAGAGACCAGGCAGGAGGCCUUCUGGGUGUGGGAGGGCAGGAACCCAUACCUCAGAGGUAUCUCCCACAAGUCCCUAACAGAUUUGGAUCCUGGCAAUAGCCUCUCCCUAUGUGAGUUUGGGAAGGGAUAUUACUUCCCUUUUAUAGGUUCUGAGUAAUUCAGGGGAACUUUGAGGAGUCUGUUCCUCUGUUCUUUUCUCCUUUAGGGGUUUCUGUCUUCUUUUGGUCAUGUUUCUUUCUGUCAUUAAACCUUAACCCUUUCUGGCCUUGGUA